UAGCGUCAUCACUCCACGCGGCCUGAGUUGGUGGCGGCGGCGGCAGCAUAAGCAGGAUGCUGAGCCGCCUGCAGGAGCUGCGCAAGGAGGAGGAGACGCUGCUGCGGGUCAAGGCGGCACUGCACGAUCAGCUCAACCGGCUCAAGGUGGAAGAGUUGGCCCUUCAGUCCAUGAUCAGCGCCAGGGAAGGGAAAAUGACCGUACCUCCCGAUACCGAGAUGGAGGAGCAUCAGAACAUGGACAACGAAGCUGCUAUCAAUCAAACUAAAUUGCAGUUGCAAAUGCAUGUCAGCGAAGAGGAAGAGGAGGAGGAAGAGGAGGAGGAGGAAUCCGAUUCAUGAAGAGGAGCAUGCAGCAGCCUGACAGCCUUUUUCUCCCAAACUCAGGAACCUCCCUGCCCACCACCAUUCAAGCAAAUUACUUCAUUGGACUUUGCUUGGUGCUACAGAGACCAAACAGUAUUCACAAGUGCAUCUGGGUUUCCCAAAGGCUUCCAGAGGUGGUGAUGAACUGUGGCGGGUGUUGGGAGAAUGCAGUGUCGAUGCAUCACUAUGUAGCAUGAUUCCUUUUAAACACAAACACACUCUUUGAGCCAAGUAGCAUUUGGGGAAAGUCCAACACGCAACUCCUCCCAAAGCAAUAAUCUACCCUUGGCAGCAUCUGCUGCUGGUGAAAAUAAGAUGAAAAAGCAUCAAGUCUAAGCCAAUGGCACUAUCCAACCUCAAAUACUACAAACGGAAACAGUACUUUGGGACUUUUCUUGCAUGUAGCAUUUGCUGUGGCAUUCACAAAAAAGCAACAAUUUCCUUUGAUUCCAACCCAUGGUAUGAAACUUUGAACAUUUUAUGUAUUGUCUGCAAGUAAUAAUGGGGAACAUUUUGAGA